AUGGGAAGAAAAUUAGAUGAAAAUAGUCAAAAGUUAGAUGAGACUAGUAAAAAAGCUGAAGAAAAUAGUCAAAGGGUAGAAGAAAAAUUAGAAGAAAAUAGUCAAAAAACAGAAGAAAAUAAUAAAUCAUUAGAACAAAAAUUAGUAGAAAAUAGUCAAAAAGUAGAACAAAAAUUAGAAGAAAAUAGUCAAAAGAUGGAAGACAAGUUAGAAGAAAAUAACAGAAAAGCAGAAGAAAAUAGUCAGAGGUUGGAAAAGAAACUUGAAGAGAACAUUAAAAGAAUAGAAGAACAAAUGGAACAGAGAAUAAAUAAGAGUAUUGGAGAAGUGAAAAUGUUGUACGGAGAGAUCAUGAGUAAACAUGAAAAUUUAGAAACUAAAUUAACUGUUGAAAAUCAAGAGAUUAAAACACAAAUACAACAGCAUAAAGAAAGAAUAAAUAUAACGCCAGAUUAA